CUCGACGUGCAAAAAGUGCAUCGGUUUUGUGCAACGUUUCUGUGGGGCUCUGGGUUUGAAAGAAUGCGCAGAAACAAUCUCUUUAUUAGCAAGCAGAAGGGAGGGCUGGGACUUGCAAACCUAGACAUAAAAUUGAAAGUGCAACGUUUCCUUGUCUUCCGAAACCGAGCAACCAGCCCGGUGUUGAUGGCGGCGUUAAAGGAGCUCGGUGGACCAUAUCUGGCUCCAUGGACUAAAGAGACCGUUGGCACUCCAGAAAGGACCUCGAUCCUACGAUACUAUAGAGAAAUUAGAGAUGCGAUUCGUUUUUUUGAAGAACGUUUUUCGUGGGAAUACCUAAACAGCGUCAAACGCAGACGUCUUUAUUGUGACACUCUAGACCUGGUAAUGCCGCCUCCAAUGUAUCGCCAAAUGUUUCCUGGCUGCGAAAAGUCGGACGUGUUCAAGCGUCUGAGUCUAUACCCAGUUCGGCCAGGGAUAAAGGAUUUUUUUGUGCGCUUUCAUACCGAAGUUUUACCGGUCAAGACCUGGGAGGAACAAAAAGGUUUUUUUCUGCCUUGGGGAGUCAAUUGUGUCAUUUGCCCUGUUCCCGAAACACUGCAACAUACAUUCAUGUAUUGUACUAAUGCAGAACUAUUUUGGGCUCAGCUCCGCGCGGAGCUUCGGAUCGAUCUAUACCCAACCUGGUACAGCAUGAAGUUUCUAGACACACCGGAAAAGCAACAAAGCAGAUGUUACGAGCUCCUGACCCUGAUCGGUUUGCAUGCGAUAUGGAACUCGCGUACUGAUCACACCUUGGUGCGAGAUCGAGGGAAGUGUGCGUGGCGCCACUUCUUAGAGGGAUUUCACUACACGUCAUCCAUCAUAAAAGAAACUUCGUUCAAGGAGACGGAACACUGGGAGAGGUUCAGGACCCUUUUAAAGCUAUAA